CUCCCUCUCUCUCUCUCUCUCUCUCUCUCUCUCUCUCUCAUAUCCUCGUCGUCGUACAGAGAGCGUAGCGAGCAGUCGGGAGAGGCGGAGGGAUGCCGAAGCGGACGACGCACACGUAUUCGAGCGAGGAUGCGGCGCCCGACGGACCCGAAUCCGACCUGUUCGUGUACUACUGCAAGCACUGCAGCUCCCACGUUCUCAUCACCGAUACUCAAUUGCAGAAGAUGCCAAAACGUAAGACGGAUAAAGCACAUGUACUUGACAAGAUCAAGCAUCUUGCAAGGCUGAAUGUCAAGGAGGCUGGAAAGGUUCUCCUAAAGCGUGGUGAAGGAAAAUUAGAAAAACAAUUCCGCAUGAGUUGUACGGGCUGUGAGCUUUUUGUUUGUUACCGUUCAGAAGAGGAUUUGGAACAUGCUCCUUUUAUCUAUGUUGUUGAUGGUGCACUGAGUUCAGUUGCAGCAGAGACGAAUCCACAGGAUGCUCCUGUACCCCCAUGCAUAUCACAGUUAGAAGGUGGUCUUGUCCAAGUCGCUAUUGAAGUAGAAGAUCGUGCACAACGUUCAGCAAUUACGAGAGUGAAUGCCGAUGAUGUUCGAGUAACCGUUGCGGCUCCAGCUACGCGUGGAGAGGCUAAUAAUGAAUUGUUGGAAUUCAUAGGUGUUGGGAUUAAGGAUAAGCCAAAUGACUCUUCAAAGAGGAUGGAAUAACAAGUCAAAGCUUCUUGUGGUCGAGGAUAUGUCUGCAAGGCAGGUGUAUGAGAAGCUUCUAGAGGCGGUGCAACCUUGAAGCGUUUGGGACUAUGCUACGCUACUUUCGUCCAUGUAAAAUUUCUUGUGCGCAGCGGUGUGAUUGAUAAUUUUCAAUGUUGUCUCUAACAACGCUCCUUUGUUGCACAUGAAUCUCGGAAGGUUGUAGUGUUUGAAACUGAAAGAUUAGAGUAGCAAGUCCUUUAUAUUUAUUGUAUUACUUUGAAUUGAUUCACUGUAAACCUCACACAUUGUUACAACUGAGAAUUGUUGCAUGUUUUCUUGUAUCAUGGUCUAAAAAUUAUGAAAGUGUGCUGAGCAAUUCUUAAGCCUUAUGAAGUGGAA